AAAGUGUGUGUGUGUGUGUGUGUGAGGAGGGCUUUCAGUGAGCUCUGUCCCUUCAGGGGAGAAGAACACGACAAAGAGGGGGGAGUUGUAUUUAUUUAUUUAGGGUUUUUUCACACAACCCUUGAUUUUCAUCAACUUUUUUUUCUCUCUGAUGUGGAUUACUUUGAGCUGAAUCUCCAGGAUUUUAAAAAAAAAAACGGAUAUUGUGUUUUUACUGAAAGCUAUGGUGGCUUACGAUGAACUGGGUAGCUUGGUGCCUAUCAAACGGACUCUGCAAGUGAUAGACUACCAGAACCAAGCCAACAAAGAGUCAGAGGAACCCAGCAACAAGCGUGUCCGUCCUCUCGGCAGGGUGACGUCGCUAGCCAACCUCAUCUCUCCGGUGAAGAAUGGGGCCGUCCGGCGCUUCGGCCAAACCAUCCAGGCCUCAUUCCGAGGUGAUGGCAAGUCGCCGGGCGUGCCCCAGAAGCCUUGCAGCAAGGCAGCGGCCCCGACACCGCCUAAAAGGAGGAACAGCACGCUGUGGUCAGAGACACUAGACGUCCACCAGAAGGGGACUUUCUCUACAAAAGAGAUCAAGCGGCAGGAGGCCAUAUUUGAGCUGUCUCGUGGAGAACAGGACCUGAUUGAGGACCUCCAGCUCGCACGCAAGGCGUACCACGACCCAAUGCUGAAGCUCUCCAUCAUGUCCGAGGAGGAGCUCACUCACAUCUUCGGCAACCUGGAUGCCUACAUCCCUCUGCACGAGGACCUGCUGGCCCAGCUCUCCAAAGCCACAGGGCCGGAUGGGACCGUGGGCCAGAUCGGACAGAUUGUCGUAAGCUGGCUGCCCAGGCUGAAUGCCUACAAGGACUACUGCAGCAACCAGCUGGCAGCCAAGGCGCUGCUGGACCAGAAGAAGCAGGACAGGCGGGUGCAAGACUUCCUGCAGCGAUGCCUCGAGUCACCCUUCAGCAGGAAGCUGGACCUGUGGAGCUUCCUGGACAUUCCACGCUCCCGUCUGGUCAAGUACCCUCUGCUGCUCAAAGAGAUACUGAGACACACUCCCCCAGAGCAUCCUGAUGCUGCUAGCCUGGAGGAAGCGAUCACCAUCAUCCAGGGCGUUCUGUCCGACAUCAACAUGAAGAAGGGAGAGUCCGAGUGCCAGUACUACAUCGACAAGCUGGAGUAUCUGGACGACAGGCAGAGGGACCCUCACAUCGAGCAGUGCAAGAGCCUGCUGUGUCACGGGGAGCUGCGUAACAAGAGCGGCACGAAGCUGCAUGUGUUCCUGUUUACCGAGGUGCUGGUUCUGACCCGCCCCGUCACCAGGAACGAGCGCCAGUGUUUCCAGGUUUACCGGCAGCCGAUCCCGGUGCAGGAUCUGGUGCUGGAGGACCUGCAGGACGGAGAUGUCAGAAUGGGCGGCUCCUUCAGAGGCGCUUUCAGCAACGCAGACAAAGCCAAGAACAUUUUCCGAGUGCGUUCUCAAGACCCGAGCCAGGCGCAGUCCCACACGCUACAAGUCAACGAUGUCUUCCACAAGCAGCAGUGGCUCAACUGCCUCCGCAGCGCCAUUUCCGUCCACCGGCCCCUCAGCGAGGCCUCCAGCCCCAGCCCACCCACGAGCGGCGCCAGCUCCAAGCGCCGCCCUUCCUCCGCCUCCGCCAUCAUCCACAUGGAGGAGACGGACGAGAACUGCCCGCAGCCGGUCUCACAGUCCGCCCCCAGCUCUCCGUGCAACAGCGCCACCCCCAGCCCCACCGCGACGUCCCCUUCACCAUGCUCCUCGCCUUCAUCGACGACGUCAUCGUCUUCGUUGUCCUCGCUCUCCUCAUCCUCCUCACUCAAAACCAAAAAGGACAAGAAGUCUCUGUGUUCUUUAGGGAAGAGGAAAGAGACAAUGGUGUGAACAGAGCAGGGAGGAGACAGUGGACUCCUGGGGCGGACACUUGUUUUUUUUGUACAUAAAUCCUAAAAAAGGAAAAAACAACGCAGAGAAGCGUGGGACUUGUAUUUAUGUGUGUCUGCGUGUGUGUGUAUUAUCACAACAGUGUUCUGUGUUACUGUCCUCUUUGGCAGCUAUUUACCUUACCCCUCUUUCCAAGCGCAUCCCACAGAGACACAGUAUUCUGGAGAGACGUGCACGUCUUCCACCGACUCUGAAAAGGGAAGCAAAACCAGAAACAAAGCUCACCCAUGAAUCUGUGUAUCAUAAGAGGAUUUCUUGAAGAUAGAGGUGGUGCAACAAAAUCCUGUUUACUAUUAAUUUGAUAUUUAAACAUUAUUUUAGACCUUUUUUUGGGGGGGAUGAUGAAAGUUUUACAUUUUUAUAUUCUAAAACUGAUUGUAGUAUUUUUUUUUUUUUUUUUAGAUAUCACAAAGCAGCACUGUUUAGCUUUUAGGCAAAGUUAUUUGAAAUUUUGAGCAUGUUUAGGAGGCAACAGACAGACACACAAAGCUACAACGUUCUCUGUAAAAGAUCUUAUUUCUAUACAUUCCUUAAAUGGCAGAUGUUUGGAUUUUUUUUUUUUUUUUGCAGAUACUGUAGUCGGAGGCAUUAAUUUAAAUCCCUAACAGAUGAGAUUUGACUUUCUCACUGUUGGGACACAGAGACAUCAUUAUGAAGCGCAAGUGAUUACAAAUCAUCAGUUGCUGAAAUCAUGUCAGAGAUGAGGAGUUUUGUUUGAACACAAAAUUUUGAACUGAGCCAUGUUGGUUUUUCCAAAAAAAAAAAAGGAGAGAGAGAGAGAGAGAAAAAAAAAAGCUGACUCUUCAGUGUAGCAUCUUGCAUGGAGCUUUAGUCGAGGGCAUGGCUCGCACGCACCCGCUGGGGGCAGCAGGGUGGAUGAACCUGUCCUGAGGGUGUAAAGGAAUGAAAAUAGAAGAAAGUUGUCUGAAGGUUGAAGAGAUGAGAGACGAGAUGGACAAAGCUAUGUUAUGGAAAUUGAAAUAGAUUGUAAGGGCAAGACGUCUAAGUCCUACCACUUUCUGUGGAAGCGGAUGUGAUGUCUUGCUCUUAGGUGGAUGAAAGAGUGUAAUCGAUGGAAAAAGUACGUAGGGGGAGAGAGAGGAAAAAGAAGGUUUUUUUGUAUGUGUGCACAAGAUGUUUUUGUCGUUGAGAUGGAAAAAAGAAAAGAAAAGAAAAGAGGGCAGUGUGCUUGCCACAAACUGUAUUUAAUAGAAGAACAAUAAAAAUCUGUGUAAGAUUUGCAUCUGAA